AAUUCAUCGACUAUGUGUAAAGCGCUUUGAAUAAAUAAUGGAAAGUUCUUGUUUAUUCAUGGUUUUGCGGCAUUGAAAUAUUUUCUUCCGGAGUUUCCUUUUCUUUUAACCCACCUUUAUAUUUUUGAAAAUGGCUGAAGAAUGCUCGCCUUUACUAUCGACAUCGCUUGAAGCCGACGCAGUAGAAGAAAUACACCUUAUGUCGGUGUCGCCAAACUCGGAUCCAAAUGAAACAGAUGUGAAAACAAUUGUUGUUAACAAUUUCGAGGAAAGAAUUUCAAAUGAAACAGAAGUAAAAACAGUCGCAGUUUACGAAGAUAGGGAUGAAGUCGUAACAAGUGAUACCACACUUCUCCCUCCUGGGAAAGAGUACCAUCUAUUUAUGUCUUAUAGUUCUGAGGACAGGGAUGAUGCCAACACUAUUCGUCAACACUUAGAAGAACGAUUUUAUCUCAAGUGUUUGUAUUACGAACGGGACUUCCAAAUUGGGAAGAACAUUGACGAAAACAUCACAGAUGGACUGCAGAAGAGUGUGAAAGCCUUGAUACUUCUCAGUCCCUUCUACAUACUAAGUCAUUAUUGUGUAACUGAGGCCAGGGAAGCGUGUAAGCUUUCGUUUACUGAUAUGGAGAACCAUAAUGUUAUUCCCGUUCUUCUCAGACCGCUACCCAAAGACUUACCCCCGUUCCUGAAUUCAUACGUUUACAUAGAUGCCCAAAGAGAGAUGGAUGUUGCUGGGAAAAUAUAUGAAGCUUUCAAUCAGCCAGGGUUUCUGGAUCCGCUACAGAUGAGCAAAUCUGGCCUUCAAUGCAAUGGUACACUUCUUUUUCGAAAAGUGGGUUCUAGAGCAAAGUAUUUGGACCAUGGCUUGGUAUAUAGAUUUUCACCUUUAGAGCCGUAUGAAGAGGAAAAAAUCUCUCAAAAUGGCAUGGAUCAGGAUGCGUGCAGGAAUCACUACAACACGAUAACAAAGGCUCUAAAUAACAAAUUCCUUUUCCAAAACUAUCCGGUCUUCUCGUCCGUAAAAUGGCGCUGUUUGCUGUUGUGUAUUCUUACCACAGCAUUCUGUUUCAUUUGGAUGGCUUCAUAUAUACUGAGCGCAACAUACGGUAGUCCUCUGAAAGAUUCAAAUUAUGCAAUGAUCAACUUUAUUGUUGGACUUCCGCUUCUGGGCUUUAUUUGUCCAUUUGGACUACUAAUAAUUUAUGGAUGCAGAAGAAAGCUCUCUACAAACAUCCACCACCUGAUUCUUCGACACAACUUAAUAUUCUUCAGACUCAGCAAAUGUCUCGUAUAUUUCGAUCAAUCUACUUUGACUAAACCUACACUUCAUGUCUUCAGAUACGAUAUCGCUGAUUGUGAGGAUUUUCUUUUGACUGCACUGAGCAAAUACAGGGAAGAUACUUUACAUGGGGAUUGUAGUAAUAACAAGGAAAUAGUCAAAGAGUUGAUUCAUCAAAAACUAGCGGAACUUCAGAGUACUCAAGCUUUAAUCAAGUGGACACUUUUACGAGAGAGUUCAGUGAAUCGUCAUCGGACCAGCAACAACAGAGCGUGCAUCUGUGAGAUGUUGGAGGAUCAUGUUAACAAAACGUACGGGCCUGUGGUGAUCCAAGUGUAAUGUACCGCAUUCAAGUAUAUGUUUCAUUCAUCACUGAGAUUAUAAAGUAAAGGAAGUAUUAAAGGAAUGAUCGGCAUGUGAUAUUAUUGGUCAGCUCUGUGAAUGUAAUACGAAAGCAUUAUGCUACAUGCAAAAACUAUAAUUGUUGAUUUUCGAAAUAGCAAGGCAUGAAUAAGCUUUAAAAAAUAUUCUUAAAUAUAUGUGAAGAAAACGUGAUUUUAAUCAUUUUACAGGUAACUGUAUAAAUGUUUUAUUUUCAAGGCAAACGGAGAAGAUCAUAAUUAAAGAUUCAAAUGAGGUUGUCAUUUCAUAGUAAAUAAAAGUAAAUACAAUUUUUUAAGGCACAGUGCGUGUGCAGAUUGGAAAAUUUGCCGGUUGCCUUUUAUAGACACAACUGUGAUUGGCCGAAGCCGAUCACAAAAAGAAACAUGCUUCUGGUUUGGUUUAAAGAAAAUUAAGGGUGUUUUAAACAUACAUUGUACUUUUAAAAAAUAAUAUAGAGUAUAUGUACUUGCACAUACAAAUUUACAUGCUUGCGUUAAUAAAGAAGAAAAUAUCAUGUCUUUAACCCAAUGUUGAUUUUUCCAUUUAUAUUUUAUAUAUUAUAGUAAGUGUUAUGUAUGUUAAUGGUGAUCUGGAGGAUCAUUUUUAGCAGUGUGCGUUUUUCUAAAAAAAAAAAUCCUGUAAAAGCGAAAAAUAUCAACUAGCCUUUACACUUUUUAUAGAAAACGUAAAAUAAUAUUACUGAUCAUUAGGGAUGAUGUUGUUUAUUU